AUGAAUUCAGAGACAAAAGCAUGGGGCAGUGGAAUCAAGAUUGAAGACUACAGUCUGUUCGACCAAGGAUCGCGGUCCACGCCCUUUGAUUCGCAACAAAAUGGAACGACAGAUGUUAACCCAAAAGGUGGGAGUACCUACGCGCGACACGGAAAUGUUAAGCUUUCCGCGUUCUGGCCGACGCGCCCCCAGCUUUGGUUUACGCUGGCUGAAUGCAUAUUUCGGCAGCGUGGGGUGUCUAACAACAUUGACAAAUUUAAUAUAGUGGUUUCACAUCUAAAUUUAGAAGUGAUAGAGCAAGUAGAAGAAACCUUGUCGCAACAAAAUUACUUUGUGCUAAAGGAAGCUCUCAUACAGCGUUAUACGCUGUCACCAGAUUUGCGACUACAAAAAAUUUUCACAUACGAAGAUUUGGGCGACAAGACUCCAUCACAAGUACUCAAAGCCUUACGUACAUUAGCCAGCCCGGAACUUCUGCCUGAAGAGUCUUUACGUCUAAUAUGGCUUCGUAAACUUCCUGCCAACAUCCGUGCCGUCAUUGCAGCAGAAACAGACUUACCAUUGCAAGUCUUAGCAAAAAAGGUAGACACCAUCGCAAACACCUUAACCGAAGUUUCUGCAUGUUCCGAAUUCAACUACAGCCAGGAUAGAGGCCCAAGAACGUGUGGUGUGAUGGAAUCUGACGUCAGUGAGCCAGGAACAUGCAAUAAUACUUCCCAACAGCAGUGCUCAUCGACAGAACCCACCAUACUGCAACUGGCAGCACAAGUGGCAAAACUCAACGUGCAACUAACUUCACACCACCAGCAGCUACGAAGUCGCAGUUGGAAAAGAGGAAGAAAUGCUAUCCAACAGGAUUUGACAGAUCAAUGGUGCUGGUACCACAGACGCUUCGGCAACACUGCCCGUUAA